AUGGUUAGCUUCUCUUCUCUCCUCCUUGCGGUCUCCACCGUCUCCGGUGCUUUGGCUGCCCCGGGCGAUAGCACUCUCGUUGAGCUGGCCAAGCGCGCCAUCACCAGCUCCGAGACGGGCACCAACAACGGCUACUACUACUCCUUCUGGACCAACGGUGGUGGUGAUGUCCAAUACACCAAUGGCAACGGCGGUCAAUACAGCGUCCAGUGGACCAACUGUGACAACUUCGUCGCCGGAAAGGGCUGGAACCCCGGCAGCGCUAGGACUGUGACCUACAGCGGUGAGUGGGAGAGCAACAGCAACAGCUACGUCUCUCUCUACGGCUGGACCCAGAACCCCCUCGUGGAAUACUACAUCGUUGAGAAGUACGGCGACUACGAUCCCUCCACCGGGGCUACCGAGCUCGGCACCGUCGAGAGCGACGGCGCCACCUACAAGAUCUACCAGACUAUGCGUGAGAAUGCUCCUUCCAUUGAGGGCACCUCAACUUUCCCUCAGUACUGGUCCGUCCGCCAGAGCGGCCGUGUUGGUGGCACCAUCACUGCUCAGAACCACUUCGAUGCCUGGGCCCAAGCUGGCUUGAAGCUGGGUCAGCACAACUACAUGAUCCUUGCUACCGAGGGUUACCAGAGCAGCGGGUCUGCCACCAUCACUGUUGAGUAA